AUGGGUUCACAGCAGCACCUGUUCACGGUGGGGUCGAAGGUGUGGGUGCCGGAUGCCGCGGAUGCGUGGGAGGAGGGCGAGGUGGUGGCGAGGGACCGCGGGAGCUCCCAGCUCACUGUGGCGCUCGGCACAGGCGGCAAGGGCCAGGUGGUGGUGGGCGAGGGCGAGUGCUACGCGCGCGAGGAGGAGAGCGCGGUGGUGGACGACAUGGUCAAGCUGGCGUACCUGCACGAGCCGGGCGUGCUGCACAACCUCAUGCAGCGCUACCACCGCAACCUCAUCUAUACGUACACGGGCAGCAUCCUGAUAGCGGCGAACCCCUUCAUGCGUCUGCCGGGCAUCUACGAUCGGGACAUGCGCGACGCCUACCGGGGGCAGCCACUGGGCGAGCUCAGCCCCCACGUGUUUGCCAUCGCUGACAACGCUUACAGAGCGAUGCGCGAGGAGCGGCGCAGCCAGUCGAUUUUGAUCAGCGGGGAGAGCGGGGCGGGCAAGACGGAGACGACGAAGCUGGUGAUGGAAUACCUGGCGUCCGUGGGGGGGCGCGCGGACAGCGAUGGCGAGCGCAGCAUUGAAAACCAAGUGCUGGAGUCCAAUCCACUGCUGGAGGCGUUUGGGAAUGCCAAGACAGUGCGCAAUGACAACUCCAGUCGCUUUGGCAAGUUCAUCGAGAUCCAGUUUGACGAGCGAGGCCGUGUGUCAGGAGCAGGCAUCCGGGCGUACCUGCUGGAGCGAUCACGGGUGGUGCAGAUCGCGGACCCCGAGAGGAACUACCACUGCUUCUACCAGCUCUGCGACGGGGCCUCCCCCGAGGAGGCGGAGCUGUUGAAGCUGCCGCCCGGCCCCAACAGGGCACAGCACUUCCACUACCUCAACCAGAGCCGCUGCUUCGAGCUGCAGGGCAAGUCCAGCAACGCCGAGGAGUAUGGCAAGACCCGCAGCGCCAUGCGCGUCAUUGGCAUCUCGGAGGAGGAGCAGCUGUCCAUCCUGCGCCUGGUAGCAGCGGUGCUGCAUCUGGGCAAUGUGGAGUUCAGGGAGAAGGGCGACAAGUUGCGCAUCGCCAAGCAUGCAGACACCACCCUCGACACCGUCGCCUCCCUCCUCUCGUGCGACCGCAAGAAGCUGCAGGACUCGCUAUGCACGGUGAAGCGCAAGGUGGGGGGGGAGACCAUCAAGAGUGCACUUGAUGUCAAGGCUGCCACUGUCAGGCGUGACACGCUUGCCAAGACCCUCUACUCCAAGCUCUUUGACUGGAUUGUGCAGAAGGUGAAUCGGUCCAUCGGGCAGGACCCCAGGGCCAUGGCCAUCAUUGGCGUGCUUGAUAUUUACGGCUUCGAGCACUUCAAGAUCAACAGCUUUGAGCAGUUCUGCAUCAAUCUUGCCAACGAGAAACUGCAGCAGCAUUUCAACCAGCACGUGUUGAAGCUGGAGCAGGAGGAGUAUGAGAAGGAGCAGAUCAACUGGAGCUACAUCAACUUCCGUGACAACCAGGACGUGCUGGACCUCGUUGAAGGGGACAAGGGCAUUCUCAGCAUCCUUGACUCAGCCUGCCGCCUGGCGCAGUCAACGGCGGAGGGCUUCACGCUGUCGCUGUACGACGCCUUCCUGCGCCACGACCGCUUCUCCAAGUCCAAGGGCUCCGUCACCGACUUCACCCUCGAGCACUACGCCGGGCAGGUGAAGUACAGCACGUUGGAGUUCAUAAGCAAGAACAUGGACGCAGUGGUAUCAGAGCACGAGGUGCUGCUGCAGAAGUCUGCCGACCCAUUCGUCGCCGCCCUCUUCCCACCCGCGCCGCCCGAUGACAAGGCGGGCAAGGCCACGAGCAAGUUCGCGUCGCUGGCUCGCUCCUUCAAGCAACAACUGGCGCAGCUGAUGGAGACACUCAACCGCACAGAACCGCACUACAUCCGGUGCAUCAAGCCGAACGCCAAGAGCCGGCCGGGCAUGUUUGAGCGCGCCAUGGUCACGGACCAGCUGCGGUCGGGGGGAGUGCUGGAGGCCAUCCGCAUGUGCUCCGCGGGCUACCCCACACGCCGCACCUUUGAGGACUUCGUUGACCGCUUCGCUCUGCUGCUGCCCUCGCUGCUCGAGCAGGACAUGUCGGACGUGGAGUAUGUGGAGGCGCUGCUCAAACACGCCAAGCUCGAGAACUACCAGAUCGGGCUGACCAAGGUGUUUCUGCGCGCGGGGCAGAUGGCGCUGCUGCAGAGCAUGCGCCUGGACGCCAUGAACGAAGCUGCCAGGAAGAUUCAGCGCGCCACGCGGCACUUCCUCUUCAAUCGCCAUCGCAGGCGCGCCGCCCUGCUCAUCCAGACACACUGGCGAGGCCACUGUGCGCGCGCGGCGUACCAGCAGUUGCGCAGGGACGUGGCAGCAACGACCAUCCAGGCGGCGGAGAGGGGGCGGCAGCAGCGCCUGCGCUUCCUGCAGCUGCGCCAUGCCGCACUGGUGGUGCAGGCCGCUGUGCGCAUGCACCUCUGCCGCACCGCCUAUGCCAACACUCGCCGCCGCCUCGCCGCCACCCGCAUUCAGGUGCGUUGCAGCACGAGGCACCUGCAUUCAGGUGCGUUGCAGCACGAGGCACCUGCAUUCAGGUGCGUUGCAGCACGAGGCACCCGCAUUCAGAGCACGUGGCGAGGCUACAUUCACAGGCGGCCGUGGCGGGCGCUCAAGCACAUGCUGGCGGGUAGAGUGGCGCGCCUCCGAAUGCACAACCUCAAGCUGGAGGCGAGUCGGCAGGCGGAGUUGGCGCCGCCGCGCAAGAAGACGGACGUGGCCAUCGAGACCAUCCGCAUGAUGACACUGCGCGUGAUGCGGGAAAAGGCUGAAAAAAGCCGUGCAAACUCAGAGCGCCAGCUGGCAGAGGUCCGUGCUGAGCUGGAGCGGACCAAGAAGGAGCUGGCAGGCAAGGUGCGUGAGGUGGCGCGGCUGGUGGGGCAGCUGGAGCAGGAGCAGCAGCGGGCAGAGCUGGCAGAGGAGCGAUUGGAGGAGAUGCUGAGGGAUCAGGACAGGGAGCGGGCGGAGGGGCGGGAGCGAGUGCUGCAUGUGGCAUCUGUGGCCUCACAUAAAGCAGCAGCAGGCGGAGGAGGAGCAGCAGCAGGGGCGCUGAGUAGCCUGCCUUCCUUCGGUGGGUCAGGCUUCUCCUCGUCCUCCUCCUCACCCUCCGCUGCUGCAGCUGCAGUGGCUGCUCUGGCAGGGGGAGCGCUGGGAGUGGUGGUGGACAAGCAUUUGGCGUCGCAGCAGAGCGGGGGGAGAGCGGGGGCACCAGGGGGCAAUCUGGGGGUGCCGGAGGGGUCGAGGAUCCUCGCCCGCAUGGCGUCGCGCAGACACCCCUCGCCGCACACACCUGCCAAUCACCCCACGUGGGAGGAAACCGCUGCUGCUGCUGCUGGCGGUGCUGCGGGUGGUGCUGCGAGUGCUGCUCUCACGAGCUCCCCGUCCUUCUCCUCCUCCUCCAGUCGCUCCUCGCCUGUCCCUCCCCUGCCUCCCUCCUCCAUAGCGUCCCCCCCUGGCAGCAGCGGGGGUGGCAUGGCGGCUGCAGCCGCGGCAGCGGUGGCAGCGAUGGAGAGAGCUGAAGGCGCAGCGGCAGCAGCGGCAGGUGGGGAGGGCAUGCACGACGGCGCCCACAGGGGCCAUGGCGGCGCGGCGGACGCCCAUCACCUGCCGUGCAUUCAGGAGUCGGCGUCACGCGAGGAGGGCGAGGAGAAGAAGGUGGUUGCAGUGAGCAGAACCAGCAGCGGCGGCAGCGGCACCACGGAGUUUGGUGGCAGCAGCGGGGGGUUGAGGCAAGUGCGGUUCCCCUCCAUGGGACCGGAGGAGAGCGAGGCAGAGGCCGGGUACACUCGUGCCAGCACGCUGCCCGUUGGGAGGAGCAUGCUGCGGCUGCAGUCCAUGGGGAAGGCCCUCAAACCUGCUGCUAACGCUGAUGCUGCUGGGGGCUCUGGCAGCGCGCCCGACGGUGCGGAUGCACGGUUGGCGAGGAUCCGACGGCUGCAGUCGUCCAACCCGCGGAUGGGUGGAGGAGCAGGGGGGGAGGGUGUUGGUGGGCCGGGCGUGCCGCGGCCGCUGGUGUCGGCCAAGUCGCUGACCCGCGACGAGGCCGUGCGCAUGCUGGCGAGUGCUCAGAGGGAUGUGGAGGAGAUGCACAAG